AUUAUUACAGAUUCUUCCGUACAAUGCAGCCGCCAUUUUUCUCUGUCUCUCUCUGAACUUUCUUCAGUUGAAAUUAUAGGGCGUCGAGACAAAGGGAUUAGGUUUCCAUCACAGGAAGAAGAUCAGAUCAGCCAUAGAUGGCGCCAAAACUUGUUAUGAUCUGUCAGCAUGAGCGUUUCGUGCACAGCUGUACAGUAAUGGCUGUACCUAAAAUUGUCUUACAUUGGUGGUUGUGUAAAGAAAUUGCUAGCUGAGCAGCACAGAAUCUGUGCGCGAAUUUCUGGAAAAUUUUUCUUCUCGCGUUCUUGUUUUCUAGCCAUGGGCGAUUCCCAGUCCCCGCUACUGGACUGGGUCGAGUACCGUAGCGAGACGACAUGGAGCGCUUUCUUUGAGGAGGUGAAGGCUGUUGGUUUCAUAGCGGCUCCAUUGGCUGCCAUCAGUCUGUCUCAGUUCUCGUUACAGAUUGUUUCGUUGAUGAUUGUGGGUCAUCUCGAUGAACUCGCUCUUUCGAGCACCGCCAUAGCCAUCUCAUUAGCUGCAGUUACAGGAUUCAGUGUCGUUGUAAAUUUUGAAGAACGAGAUCAAACAGAGGAUGAUGCUGUAUGCAAAAUGUUAGGUAUGGCUAGUGCCCUUGAAACACUAUGUGGGCAAGCUUAUGGGGCUAAGCAAUAUCAAAAACUUGGAAGUCAUACUUAUACUGCUAUAUUCUGUCUCCUGGUAGUUUGUCUCCCUCUAAUUCUGUUAUGGAUCAACAUGGGGAACCUACUUAUUUUGCUUGGCCAAGAUCCUUCGAUAUCACAGGAAGCUGGGAAGUUCAUGAUUUGGCUUAUCCCUGGGCUCAUUGCUUAUGCAACUCUUCACCCACUUAUGAGAUAUUUUCAGAUGCAAGUUUUAGUGAUUCCCAUGCUCAUAUUUUCUUGCCUCACCUUAUGUCUGCACAUACCCCUCUGUUGGGUUUUGGUGUUUAAAACAGGACUCAAAAACCUUGGAGGAGCUUUAGCCAUGAGUAUUUCAAAUUGGUUGAAUGUGAUUUUGCUUGCAUCAUACAUGAAAUUUUCUCCCAAGUGUGCGAAAACUCGCGGUGUAAUUUCUAUGGAGCUGUUCCAAGGAAUUAGGGACUUCCUUUACUUUGCAAUACCUUCUGCAUUGAUGACUUGCCUUGCAUGGUGGUCAUUUGAAGUGAUUAUAUUAUUGUCUGGCCUUCUGCCAAAUCCACAGCUUGAGUCUUCAGUUCUAUCUGUUUGCUUCAAUAGCAUGACCACAGUAUUUACAUUAGCAUAUGGAAUUGGUUCUGCAGGCAGUACCAGAGUUGCAAAUGAACUAGGAGCUGGGAAGCCGCAAGCUGCUCGUCGAGCUGCUGGGGCAGCGAUAUUUCUUGCAGUUGUGGAGACCAUCAUAGUCAGCAUGGUUCUUUUCACUCUUCGCCAUGUGUUUGGUUACGCUUUCAGCAGUGAAAAGGAAGUUGUGGAUUAUGUUGCUGUCAUGGCUCCUCUAGUUUGUAUAUCAAUGAUAUUGGAUGGCAUUCAAGGGGUCCUUUCAGGUAUUGCAAGAGGAUGUGGUUGGCAGCGUACAGGGGCUUAUAUCAACUUGGGGGCUUUCUACCUGUGUGGAAAUCCAGCUGCUGUAGCUCUUGGUUUCUGGGCAAAUCUGAAAGGGAGGGGUCUGUGGAUUGGCAUCCAAAUCGGGGCUUUCGUGCAGAUGCUCCUACUCUUGAUCGUCACGAGCCGAAUAAACUGGAAAGAACAGGCUGCUGAGUCAAGGGAGAGGAUCUUUCAAGGAAGAGGAAUAGAGAAUAAAUACGAGGCGUUUGAAUGAGACUGUUUCUUUUAGAAUAAUACUUACGUGAUUAACGUUGUGAUUGCGACUGCAAUUUAGUUGAGUGAUUGGAAGAGAGAGAAUGUAUGGCUCAGAAAUGGAAUUCUUGUUGACGGGGGCGUUCGAACAAAUCUUGUUAAUCCAGCUUAAAUCGGCUAUAAGUUUGUUUGAAUAUAAAAAAUAUUUAUGAAAUAAAUUUAUUCAAUGGACUAUAUUGAAA